AUGGGCAUCGCGACGUUGGACCUGCGUCCGGGGGUGGGUCUGGGGCCCUUCUCGCUCGGUAUGGCGGUGUGCGAGGCGUUGGCGGAGGUGGAGGCGCAGCUGGGCGUGUUCGACAGCAUCGUUGUUAACUACUGCCACCAGGAGCCCCUAUCGCGCGACAUCGUCAUCGCCUUCCCACACCUCGGCUUCCGCCUCUGCUUCGACCCUCACGUGCAGCGACUGCACCGCAUAGACGUGGCGGACAUUUCUCGCCUGCACCUGCGAUUCGGAGCCUCGCUGCUCGGAGGCCCCAUGCAGGCGCCCACGUUCGCCCACGUGUAUUCCGUCCUCGGUCCCACCUUCCCCGGCGCCUACACCACCCAAUCCGCCUGCUACACCCUCGCCUACCCGGGCAUGGCGCUGCUCUUCCCCAUCCCCGCCCCUCACCAACAUUUCUUUCAACAGCCCACACAUGACCUCCCAAUGCAGCUGCCAGACGGCUCCGCCCCACGCCUAUCGCGAGUGCUGCUGCACCUGCCAGGGGAGCCUGCUCUCCCCGCGCAGGGGGCGGGGGGAACAGGGGGUGUUGGGGGAGCAGUGGGCGCAGGGGGCGCAGGGGGCGAAGAGGGCACAGGGGGCACAGGGGGGGCAGUGGAAGGCGGGGAGGGGGAGGGGUUGCGGCGGGCUGCGGAGCGGUUUGCGUCGCUGCCGCUGGUGAUGGCGAACGGGGCUGUGUACAUGGAGGCGCUCCUGGUGCAGCUGGGAGAGGCAGUGCUCUUCUCACAGGGCGGCCAGCGCAUUGCCUUUGGGGACUCCGCCCAGGACGUGUGGUCGGAGCUGGGGCGCCCGUGCUUCAUGGGCGCCAAGCAGGACUCCGCCAAGGCCAUUCAUUCCGCCCUCGCCCCUCCCCUCUCCUCCUCCCCCUCCUCGCCCCUCGCUCACGCCUCCUCGCCGGCUCUCUCCCCAUGCUCCUCUCCACCGGACUACAUCUGGAGCUACUACACCCGCGGGCUCGAUAUCAUCUUCAGUGGUCAGAGCUACGAGGUGCGCAAGCUGGUGCUGCACACCAACCUGCCGGGCCAGCCGCACUUCAACCAUUAUGUCAAGUGCAACUUCCGCAUCCCCGCGCCCCACACAUCCCCAGAUCCCCCUGCAGGGUCCGACCCAUGGCUCUGUGUCACGCCUGACUCCAAGUGGGACCACGUGCAGAAGCUUUUUGGAGGUGGUGGGCGGGCGGCCAUACAGACUGCAGGGGCCUUGCACAGGGCCUUUGGGCCCACCUUUGUGUAUGGCUUCCGCCACGCCGCAUUUGAGAACUUAUCUCCCCGCAAUUCGCCCCUAUUCUCCCCGCAUUCUCCUCCAUCCCUUACCCGCGCAGCGUACUCCACGGGAUGCGACCCGGCGACGGCGGCGCUGAAGCCGGCGGGGAAGAACAGCAUCUUCCGCUUCGCGAGCGUGAACUACAACGUGGAAACGCGCAAGUGGGGCCUCGCGACGAGCGCCAACUGGACCAAUUACCGCACGUCCACCCUCGGCCGAGUCCGUAACCAGGGCUCCUGCGGCAGCAGCUGGGCGAUGGCGGCGGUGACGGCGGUCGAGCUCGCGUACGCCGUGUCGCGCAACGCGUCGGACUACUCACAGGCGCCGCGGUACCUGUCGACACAGCAGGUGCUGAGCUGCGGCGACAGCAAGAAGGGCAACUGCACGGGCGGCUGGCCCACCACCGCGCUGGACUAUGUUGUGAAGACGACGGGGAAAUACGGGGGUAUGGUGACGGAGGGUAAUUACCCCUACACGGGGAACACGUCGUGCACGUACGGCACAAAAGACGACGACGAUAGCGGCGGCAAUAAGAAGAAGCCGUCUUCGUGCGACACGUCCAAGGUGAAGAAGAAGGCAACAGCCAUCGGCAUCAGGUCGUACGAGAGCAUCGACUACUACGGCUGGCUCGGGCUCAUCCUCGCCGUGCAGGUGCGGGCGUUGAAGGGGGGGAUGUUGCCGCGCAGGUCUGUGCAAACCUCUGCCUCUCAUCCUCCCUCCGCCUCUCAUCCUCCCUCUGCCUCUCAUCCUCCCUCUGCCUCUCAUCCUCCCUCUGCCUCUCAUCCUCCCUCCGCCUCUCAUCCUCCCUCCGCCUCUCAUCCUCCCUCUGCCUCUCAUCCUCCCUCCGCCUCUCAUCCUCCCUCUGCCUCUCAUCCUCCCUCUGCCUCUCAUCCUCCCUCUGCCUCUCAUCCUCCCUCCUGCCUCUCAUCCUCCCUCUGCCUCUCAUCCUCCCUCUGCCUCCCAUCCUCCCUCUGCCUCUCAUCCUCCCUCUGCCUCUCAUCCUCCCUCUGCCUCUCAUCCUCCCUCUGCCUCUCAUCCUCCCUCUGCCUCCCAUCCUCCCUCUGCCUCCCAUCCUCCCUCUGCCUCCCAUCCUCACUUUGCCUCUCAUCCCCCUUUGCCCCGCAUACCCUCUCUGCUGAUUCCCCUCCGCCCUCGUUCUGCCCCCCACCGCCCAUCCCCCAGGUGCAUCCGGCCAUCGCGCUGGUCAACUCCAAGCCUGACUCCUUCCAAAACUACCAAUCGGGCGUGUACUCGGAUGCAUCGUGCGUGGAGGGGCAGGUGGACCAUGCAGUGGUGGUGAUGGGCUAUACCUUCGCCUCGCCUGGCCCCCUCUGGAUCCUCAAAAACUCAUGGGGCAAGACGUGGGGCAUGCAGGUAGGGGGAAAGAAGGGUCGAAAGGAGGAGGGAAGAGAGGACGGCGAGGAGCGGGGGUCCUUGGUUUUGAGAAUGAUGGAUGAGUGUGCGGUGUGA